AUGGACGAUGAGUUCAAGCUAUGCUGGAAAAAUUUCCAGGACAAUAUUGCGAGCGGCUUCCAGAAUCUGUACGACCGCGGGGAUCUGGUGGACGUCACGCUGGCCUGCGACGGCAAGCUGCUGCAGGCCCACAAAAUCGUCCUGGCCAUAUGCAGUCCGUACUUCCAGGAGAUAUUCACCACCAAUCCCUGCCAGCAUCCGAUCAUCAUACUCAAAGAUGUGAGCUUCAAUAUUAUGUGCGAGCUGCUGGAGUUUAUGUACCAGGGCGUCGUCAAUGUCAAGCACACGGAGCUGCAGUCCUUCAUGAAGAUUGGCCAGCUGCUGCAGAUCAAGGGGCUGGCGACCAACUCGAACAGCCCGCCGCCCGGCUCCAGCGCCUCCGAGAAGACAAAUGCCGCCGCCGAGCCCAACAGCAGCAGCAGCGCCAGCAGCCAAACCAAGACGGAUGCGGAUCAGGCUGAGCCCAAGGGCAACUCGCGCACGCCGACGAGCUCGCCGGGUGGAAGUCGUUCGGAUGCGGGCUUGCCCCUGUAUAUGCAGAGCAAGCGACCGGCUCCGGCAGAAUUCAGCAGCGAUUCCCUGUCCAUUUACUCGCGCAAGCAGCUGCGCAGAUCCCUGACAGAGCAGCCCGGCGAGAGCAUCGACAAUGCGGACAGCGGCGGCGGCGGAAUGGAGAAUCCCUUGAAUGCCGAGGAAUUCUUUCUGCCGCCCAUACCGCACAUUUCCAUGGUGGAGCCGCCACGCUACGAUAUGGGCAGCCUGAAGCGCGAGGCGGAGUCCCAUCAGGCCGCAGCGAGCGGCAGUGCAGCAGGAGCUGCGACAGCUGCUGGAUCGCUGCGCAAUCCAUUUGCGCCGGCCUUCAAUCUGGACUACAAUAACUUCUACAAGGCGAGCAACAGCAGCAGCGGCGCCGCCAGCAGCUCCAGCAAUCUGUCCGGGCUGGGCCAGAUCAAUGGCGGCGGCAGCGGGAGCGGGAGCAGCUGCGGGGGCAGCCUGGGCAUCAACGUUGGCCCCGCCACCGAAUAUCCCAAUGACCUCUAUAUGCCCAGCGACUACUCCAAGAACUUUGCCAAUCACAUGGACAUACCAUCAAAUGGCAGCAACAUGGUCAUGUUGUCCACAACAUCUUUGCUGCACGGCAAUUGCGUUUUCAAUCGCAACAACACGGUCGCCACGCAGCAGGGCAUGAAGACCUACUGGCUGUGCAAGUCCUAUCGCAUCAGCAUGUGCCGGGCGCGCUGCAUAACGCAUCUGGGCCGGAUUAUAUCCGCCACCGGCGUUCACAAUCACAUGCCCCAUAUGCGCGGCAAUGGCGGCGGCGGCGCCGGCUCCGGCAAUGCCGGUAACUCGGUGACAGUUACGCCCAAUCCUAAUCCCGGCCAGGCGAGCUACAACGUCUCUGAGGGCAGCCAUGUAACGUCUGCGCCGGCAGCAGCCGUCGUGGAAAUGAACCAUGGAUCUGGCGCUCGGCUGGGCGCCAAUAUAUUCGCUAACCAGACGCCAGCGUCGCCAGCCAACCAUCAUCAUCAUCAUCAUCAUCUGACACAGGCGCUGCCCAAUCUGCUCGUGCAGCAUCACAACUCGUCGCACGUCAGCAUGGAGCAGCAUGGCAUGGAUAAUGGUCCGCCGCCGACGCAGCCGCCUCCUCCUCCUCCUCCUCCGCCGUCCAACAGCGUCAUACAAAACAUAAUGCACAAUCCGAAUCUGAUGCAUUUGCCGCAUCCACAUCAUCACCAGCAACAGCAGCAGCAGCAACAUUCGCCCCACCAUCUGGAACUGGGCGUCGCUGGGCCAGGAUCGUCGCUGCUGCCUCUUUCGCCCGCGCAGAUGCAGCAGCAGCAGAGUCCGCAGUCGAACAGAAGCAGCCACUCGAUGCAUGCGACCGAGUCGCCGCUGGGCAUGAAGAGUCCCCCUCCUCCGCCGCCGCCACAGUCAGCGGAGCAGCAGCGGCAUGGGGACAUCAAUGCGAGCGCGGACGGAUCGGCGGAGAGUGCAGCGGGCACGGCGCACGUCAUUGACUCCAUAACGAUAUCGCCCGGCAGUGGCAGUCACAAUUUUAAGAUCGAGAACAUCUGAGAGGGCUCCGUUUCUAGUUAAUAAGACAACGAUAAUUUAUUGCGGCUGGAGCCGCGCUUAGUUAGUGUUUUUAGACGAAAUUCAAUUUGAUUGUAUUUAUGUACAUCUAUGUAUAUAGUACUACCUGCGUAUGUACAUAUGUGCAUAUGCGGGCAUGUAUAUCGAAUGUAAAAUGGAAAUGCAAAUCCAAAUGAAACAUACUACCAAA